CGGUCUUCUGUUUUCGUCGUGUUUACUCUCCCUCUUCCUCAUCUUGCUGUGUCGGGCUUCAUAGCAGGCUUUUGUGCCUCGAUUGAUUGCCCACAAUGGCUCAGCAUGGCGAAAACGAUAUCUCCUCCGGAUCUACCUCCAGCCAUACCGCGCACGAGAAUGACAUCGUGGAAGAGCCUCCGGUUUCUCGACGACAGUCGCGAGUCGACCGCAAUGGCAGCCAAGUCUUCGAGAAUAUGAGCCCGGAGGAAAGAGCAAAUCUGACUCGCAUCGCCUCGAAUUUCCCCAAGCGCCGCGCGACUAAUCUAAGCACCGGUGGAACGACCCUCGAGCGAAAGGAUACGAUUGAAGAAAUGGAUGAGGACCAUCCGGCUUUCGAUCCGACCAGCGGACAAUUUGACCAGCGGAAAUGGGUCCGCAAGAUACUGCGGUUGUUGGAUCGGGAGGGCCUUUCGCGUCCGGCUUCCACCGGCGUUGCCUUUCAGAACCUCAAUGUCUCCGGGUCCGGGUCUGCGUUGCAGUAUCAGAGCAGUGUGAGCUCGAUGCUGCUGGCCCCUCUCCGUCCCCAGGAAUACCUCAGUUUUGCCCGACGAUCUCCGGAAAAGCAUAUCCUACGCAACUUCGACGGUCUUCUUCAGAGUGGUGAGCUACUCAUCGUCUUGGGUAGGCCGGGUAGCGGCUGCUCGACGUUGCUCAAGACACUCUGUGGGGAAUUACAUGGGCUGAAGCUUCGCAAGAGCUCGGAAAUUCAAUACAAUGGUAUCUCGAUGGAAAGGAUGCAUAAAGAGUUCAAGGGCGAAGUGCUGUACAACCAGGAAGUGGAUAAACAUUUCCCGCAUUUGACGGUUGGUCAAACGCUGGAAUUUGCUGCUGCUGCGAGAACACCCGAGGUUCGAUUGAAUGGCAUUGGGCGACAGCAGUAUGCCAAGUAUGUCUCGCAAGUUGUCAUGACCAUUUUCGGCCUGUCCCACACGUACAACACGAAGGUUGGGGAUGACUACAUUAGGGGUGUCUCUGGAGGUGAACGCAAGCGAGUUAGUAUUGCCGAGAUGGCACUUUCCGGGGCGCCUCUCGCAGCGUGGGACAACAGUACUCGGGGUCUUGAUUCCGCGAGUGCCCUGGAAUUUGUCAAGGCGUUGCGGGUUUCGUCUGAUCUGGCUGGAACCUGUCACGCCGUUGCCAUAUACCAGGCCUCACAGGCGAUCUACGAUAUCUUUGACAAAGCAAUCGUUCUGUAUGAAGGCCGCCAAAUCUUUUUCGGCCCCUGUGAAGAAGCAAGAGAUUACUUCAUCGAGAUGGGCUGGGACUGCCCACCACGUCAGACGACCGGUGAUUUCUUGACGUCCGUGACCAACCCCCAGGAGCGUCAAGUACGCAAUGGGAUGGAGAAUCGGGUCCCUCGCACACCCGAUGAGUUCGAGAAUUACUGGAAGAACAGUCCCCAGUAUGCUAGACUCUGUCAGGAAAUCGAGCAGUAUCAUCGGGAUUUUCCUCCCGGUGGAGAAUCGGAGCAGGCAUUUAGCCAGAUGAAGAGAUUGCGACAGGCGAAGCACGUCCGACCCAAGAGUCCUUAUGUCAUUUCGGUCAUCAUGCAGAUCAAGCUUUGCACAAUGAGAGCUUAUCAGAGAAUAUGGAACGACAAACCUUCUACAUUGACAACACUUAUUGGGCGAGUCUGUAUGGCUCUUAUCAUUGGAUCCAUAUACUAUGGGACCCCAAAUGCUACCGCUGGAUUCCAAAGCAAGGGAGCAGCUCUUUUCUUUGCAGUUUUGAUGAACGCGCUCAUCAGUAUCACGGAAAUCAACUCGCUCUAUGAUCAACGGCCUAUCGUCGAGAAGCAGGCCUCGUAUGCCUUUGUUCAUCCUUUUGCGGAAGCACUCGGCGGAGUUGUCUCUGAUAUUCCGGUCAAAUUCUUCGCGGCGGUCGUGUUCAACAUCAUAUUCUAUUUUCUGGCUGGAUUGCGAUAUGAGCCGUCUCAAUUCUUCAUUUUCUUUCUGUUCACAUUCCUCAGCACACUUGCCAUGUCAGGGAUCUUCCGAACGCUGGCCGCAGCAACGAAGACACUCGCACAAGCAAUGUCCAUCGCUGGUGUGAUUGUCCUCGCUAUAGUCAUUUAUACAGGUUUCGUGAUACCCGUGCCACAAAUGUCCUCAAUUCCCUGGUUUAGCUGGAUCCGAUGGAUCAAUCCUGUCUUCUACACUUACGAGGCGAUGAUUGCGAAUGAGUUCCACGGCCGACGCUUCACGUGUUCUCAGUUCGUGCCUGCAUAUCCCAACCUAAGUGGAAACUCUUUCAUAUGCUCCAUCCGAGGCGCUGUGGCAGGCGAGAGGACCGUGUCUGGGGAUGCAUAUAUCGGAUCGCAAUACACAUACACAUAUGCGCAUGAAUGGCGGAAUCUCGGCAUCCUUAUUGGAUUUUGGAUAUUUUUUACGGCAUUGUACUUGGUCGCUACUGAGAUCAACUCCGCAACUUCCUCAAAGGCCGAAUUCUUGGUAUUUCGACGAGGUCAUGUUCCAGCGUACAUGCGCAACGUCGACAAGGAUCAAACCGACAACGCAUCAGCGGUGGUCAGUCACCCCGAAAAAGGCGGCCAGGAAGAAGAGGAUGCUAUUCCGAAACAGCACAGCGUCUUCACAUGGCGGAAUGUCUGCUAUGAUAUACCCGUCAAGGGGGGUCAACGACGUCUUCUGGAUAAUGUGUCGGGUUGGGUGAAGCCUGGCACUCUCACGGCCUUGAUGGGUGUUUCGGGAGCCGGCAAAACGACCCUUCUCGACGUUUUGGCGAAGCGUGUCUCAAUCGGCGUCGUGACUGGCGAUAUGCUGGUAGAUGGAAAGGCCUUGGACAGUAGUUUCCAGAGAAAAACUGGCUACGUGCAGCAGCAGGAUCUCCAUCUUCCUACCACCACCGUUCGAGAGGCGCUGCGCUUCAGUGCAGUCCUGCGUCAGCCGAAGUCUGUCCCCAAGAGCGAAAAGUACAAGUAUGUCGAGGAGGUCAUAGAGAUGCUCGGUAUGCAGGAUUUCGCCAGUGCAAUCGUCGGAACGCCAGGUGAGGGGUUGAAUGUCGAGCAGAGAAAGUUGUUGACCAUCGGAGUGGAGCUGGCCGCAAAGCCUGCGCUGUUGAUUUUCCUCGAUGAGCCGACCAGUGGUCUGGAUUCUCAAAGCUCGUGGUCUAUUGUUGCUUUUCUGCGAAAACUGGCAGACCACGGUCAGGCAGUGUUGUCGACGAUUCAUCAACCCAGUGCUCUGUUGUUCCAGCAGUUUGAUCGCCUGCUUUUCCUGGCCAAGGGUGGUAGGACCGUCUAUUUUGGCAACAUCGGCGACCAGUCCCGUACCUUGCUUGACUAUUUCGAAGGCAAUGGGGCGAGAGAGUGUGGUGAAUCAGAGAAUCCGGCUGAGUAUAUGCUCGAGAUCAUUGGGGCUGGUGCAUCUGGCAAGGCAAGCAAGGAUUGGGCGCUUGUCUGGAACGAAAGUCAAGAGGCCAAGGACGUGGCCAGUGAGGUUGAGCGAAUCCAUCGAGAUCGCGCGUCCGCAUCCAGCGAGGCCGACACUGCCGAGCAGGACCAGCAUGCGGAAUAUGCCAUGCCGUUCGCCUCCCAGCUGUGGUAUGUCACUUAUCGUGUCUUUCAGCAAUACUGGCGCGAACCCUCCUACGUCUAUGCCAAACUCAUCCUGGCCACUGCCUCGUCGCUGUUCAUUGGUUUUACGUUCUUCAAGCCCGAUAGCUCCCAGCAGGGGUUUCAGGACGUUCUGUUCAGUGCGUUCAUGAUGACUUCCAUUUUCUCGACCUUGGUGCAACAGUAA